CGGGGGAGGGGGCGCGCGCGCAGACCUCUGCUCUUCGCGCCUCCUCGCGAUGCGCUCGCGACGCACACCAUUCCAAACCUAAGGAAGGCUCCGGGUCAGCGGCGAGCAGUCACCGGGGAAGCGGCGGAGAGAGGCGCGAGCGGACGCUCGCGUGUCACUGUCAGGCGGAAGUCGCGGCCCGUCCGGCUCCGCGGCGGUCUCACGCGCUCACACACGAGCCGGUAAUGUGAUGGGUGUUCGCGCGGAGCCCGAGAGAGCUUUCCUUCGCCAGGGAAUCGGCGGGAUGAUGAAGACCGCGUCUGCGCCGCUGUCCGGGAAGUUCGGCUUCUACUUCCAGACGACGCUCAGCGGGGAAUAAAGGCGAGCGCCGCUGCCGCCGAGGGAUUAACAUCACUUCCUUGACUUCUCCGCGCUCGAAUUAUUGCACUUCUUGCUGCGUCCGCGCGGACUUGUGGUUUUUAUUAUGCUCCAUCUCGCCGUCGGAUUGCACGUGCUGCCGGGCUGAGUGUGGAUGCGUUGGAGUUAUCCGAGCGGCAGUUAACGUCACGUCCAGGUCCGAUGACCGUCUGAUGUCCGAGCGUGACGAGCCUCGCUGUGACAUGGAUACAACCGGACUCUGCAGCCUCCUUUACUACUUCAUUCUCACUUCGCCAUUUAUGAUUUGUGCAAAUGCUGCGUUUACCGAGGUCCCUAAGGAUGUGAGUGUGGGGGAGGGAGAGGAUGUGGAGAUGCCCUGCGCCUUCAAGGCCGUCGGUGCGACGCCCAUGGCCCUGGAGAUCCAGUGGUGGUACCUGAAGGAGGACGUGUCUAAAGAGCUGCCCCACGAGCUGCAGAUCAGCGCUCCAGCCAACAGGGCCAAGGUGGUGCCAAGGGAAGCCACAAAAAUUAGUACUGUGCGCGUUCAGGGUAACGCCAUCUCGCACCGCCUCAGUCUGUCCAAGGUGAAGAAAGAGGAUGAGGGCGUGUACGAGUGCCGCGUGUCUGACCUGUGGGCUGAUGAGACUCAGGAAUUUACAGUCCAUGCCGCGCUGCACGUAACGCCGGGCGACGGCAUGGUGGCCGAGGAGGCUGUCUCUCACAUCCAAAACCGCUGGACAUUAAGGAAUGCCAACACGGUGCUGGGAGGAGGCGCAGCAGGCAGGGCCACGUCGGAGCCCAGCCAGAGUCUGGCGGGGGGGCAGAGGUUAGGGCAGGGGAAGCACCAGGUGCCUCAGCAGGCCCAGCCCGGACUCCUCCCCUCUAUCUCAUCCACCACCACCUCCUCCUCAGCGGCCAAGUCGUCAGCCUCCCCGCUGCCAGGGAACACAGCCAUCCUCCGAAAGCAGCACGGAGCUGGCUCCAGCGCCAUGAGCACCAUGGACCCCCUCCUCUGCAUCACUCUUCUCUUCGUCCAUAAAAUCCUCCCCUUUCUGUUGGCUCACUGAAGAGACUUCAACCUAAAUCAUGUUGACCUGCAACAUUCUCACUUUCUAAACCAAACAAGCAGCAGUCAGUGCCCACCAGGGAGAAAGGGUCACAUUAAAUCGAUGUAUGCUGAUGCAACACGUCACUGCCGGGAGCGAAACCAACACAGAAAUGGACAGAGGAGGUGGAAGGAAGGGGCCGGAUGGAGCGGAGAAGAGGGAUGCUCCACAGACAUUAACCACGGAGCGAAGCUGCAUGACUGUAGACGGUGUGGAGAAGAGAAAUAUGCUUACAGUGAAUCAGCAUAGCUAAUGAUCCACACACAGCCUGUUCAGCGUGGCCACAUGAAGCUCUGCUUCUGCUCUGCACCCGCUUCAUGCAAGGCCCUCCUCACACGCUCCACACCUGCAUCUCCACUGUGAAUUCCUGGUCAUCCAACAACACACGUACUGUUUAUUUGAACAUAGUCACUGUCUAUAUUAUGUGGAAGACAUGUGACCAGUGUGUGUGUGUGUGUGUGUGUGUGUGUGUGUGUGUGUGUGUGUGUGUGUGUGUGUGUGUGUGUGUGUGUGUGUGUGUGUGUUUAGGAGGGGUGAUCUCAUCAGCAUGUUCCGGUCGAUUACUGCUGUUUCUUUCUGUAGCCAUGUCAUUAUACAGAGCAACUGCUCAUCCAGUGUGUUAGUCCAAAGUGUCUCGUGUCAUCACCCUCCUACAUACACAAACAACAGUCACUUUUGUUCCCAUAGCCGUGUUCCGUAAACUCCAUGUCCAUUGAUAAGCUGAUAUAUUUUGAUUAAGAUGAGGCUCACCUUACCAUAGUUGUUGUUAAUCACCUCCAAUAAUGUUUAUUUUUUAUUAAAUCUAUGGUGAUCAGAGUAAGACAUUUCAUUUCUAAGAGACAAACUAAAUUUAUUGGUAACUUGCAAACAGCAGUUGAGAUGAAGCUUUAUUGUUUUUGUAAUAAAAGUUAGAUUUUAACAUUGUCA